UAAUGGGAAGGAAGUUAGAAACAGUGGAAUGGCGGUUUAGGAUUUCAUUCUGGCACGCUUGGCGAAUGUUUCCGGCGUGGUACUGCCAGACGUUUCAUGCGUCCUGCCAAAAUUAUUGUGAAUUAACAAACAAGAAAUUAAUUUGAAGUCGGCACUGAAUUAAUUGAUGUAAUUUUUAAAAGGGCGCGAAACAACAAUUUCGAUAUCUCGUGUGACGAGUUGGGUGGUAAACUGCAUUGUGUGAAUAUACUUAUCAUAACAUAACAUAACCUUAUAUCAAUUUAUUUGUGGUAUUGUGUUGACGGUGCUAUAUAAGUGAAAAUGGUACCUUUGGGACCAUCACCGGGGCAUCAGACCUCUGUUAAUAAUUCUAUGAGCACUCCCACUAGUGGCACUAAGGGCAGUUCAGCUGUGAAACCUAAUUAUACCUUGAAGUAUACACUUGCUGGUCAUACAAAAGCUGUCUCUUCUGUUAAGUUCAGUCCAAAUGGAGAGUGGUUAGCAAGUUCAUCGGCUGAUAAACUUAUAAAAAUAUGGGGUGCGUAUGAUGGUAAAUUUGAAAAAACAAUAUCUGGUCACAAGUUGGGAAUAUCUGAUGUUGCUUGGUCAAGUGACAGCCGGUUGUUGGUUUCUGCAUCCGAUGAUAAAACACUUAAAAUUUGGGAACUAAGCUCAGGCAAAUGUUUAAAGACUUUAAAGGGACACAGUAAUUAUGUAUUUUGCUGUAAUUUUAAUCCUCAAUCUAAUCUCAUUGUCUCUGGAUCGUUCGACGAAAGUGUCAGAAUUUGGGAUGUGAGAACAGGAAAGUGUUUGAAAACAUUACCAGCACAUUCAGAUCCUGUGAGUGCCGUUCACUUUAACAGGGAUGGUUCUCUAAUAGUAUCCAGUAGCUAUGAUGGUUUAUGUCGAAUUUGGGACACAGCUUCUGGGCAAUGUUUAAAAACGUUAAUAGAUGAUGAUAAUCCACCAGUGUCGUUUGUUAAAUUUUCUCCCAACGGCAAAUACAUAUUGGCAGCUACACUGGACAACACAUUGAAACUUUGGGAUUACAGUAAAGGGAAAUGUCUUAAAACGUACACAGGACACCGCAAUGAGAAGUAUUGUAUAUUUGCCAACUUCUCUGUAACUGGAGGAAAGUGGAUCGUCUCGGGAUCAGAAGAUAAUAUGGUUUACAUUUGGAAUCUCCAGACAAAGGAAAUUGUACAGAAAUUACAAGGUCACACAGACGUAGUGCUGUGCACGACAUGUCACCCGACUGACAACAUUAUAGCCUCUGCGGCUUUAGAAAACGACAGAACAAUAAAAUUAUGGAAAAGCGAUACGUAAAUUAGGUAUACAAAAACAAGACGAACUAUCGUUUUUGUGCAAGCCUCUUCCUUACUCUGUACAAAAUAAAAUCAUAUACAACAUAAAUCAACAACAACAACAAUAUAACAAAUCAUAUACGAAUAUAUUUUACACUUCUCGAGUUCCAUGAGAAGUAUAGUAACAUUACAUAACUAAAUAAAUCAAUGAAGAACUACGUCAAUUUUUAAAAUUUAA